UAAUUAUAUAAGGACCAUUGACCAGUACUAGUACAGUGGUACCUUUCACUAACAAAUAAUCGUCCUCAUUUUCAAGCACUGAAAAGCCCAAUUUUCAUGGCCUCCAAUGCUAAAAGGCUAGAAGGAAAAGUUGCCAUCAUAACAGGUGGUGCUAGCGGAAUUGGCGAAGCAACGGCAAGACUAUUCAUCAAACAUGGUGCAAAAGUAGUGAUUGCAGACAUUCAAGACGAUCUUGGCCUAUCCAUCAUUAAAGAAAUAGGCGAAGAUGAUGCUGUCUCCUACGUGCAUUGCGAUGUCAAAGUGGAAAAAGACGUCGAAAAUGCAGUGGACACGGCAGUUUCCAAGUAUGGUAAACUCGACAUAAUGUUCAGCAAUGCUGGAGUUCCAGAGGAACUCGAUUCCACCAUCCUGAAAGUCGACUACGAAAUUCUUAAAAGCAUAUUCGACGUGAACGUCUUUGGGGCAUUAAUGUGUGCCAAACACGCGGCUCGUGUAAUGAUUCCAGCCAAGAAAGGAAGCAUUAUUUUCACUUCGAGUGUCGCCUCUGUCACGUGUGGUGGUGGUGUGCACACGUAUUUGGCAUCGAAGCACGCCGUAGUGGGGCUCUCCAAGAAUUUGGGUGUUGAAUUGGGACAACAUGGAAUUAGAGUGAAUUGUGUUUCACCAUUUUGUGUGCCAACUCCAAUGCUAAGGAAUGGUCUUGGAAUUAAGGAGAAGGAAAAGGUUGAGGAAUUUGUGUGUGAAACUGCAAACCUAAAAGGGACAAUCUUGGAAGCUGAGGAUGUUGCAGAAGCAGCAUUGCAUCUUGCUAGUGAUGAAUCCAAAUAUAUAAGUGGAAUGAAUCUUGUGAUUGAUGGUGGAUAUAGUACUACUAAUGUUGCUCUCAAAGAAGGCGUUAAGACGUUGAGUUCUUAGCUAAUAUUUGUUUUGAUUGUUAUUGAAAUUUUAUUGUAUUUUUAAAUCCAUAGAGUAAGCAAAGAUAAUUGCAGGAAUUAGAUCUUUGGUAGCUAAAUUGUUGGGUGUACUAUGAAGUUGUACUUGAAUUCUUGAUCAAUUUGGAUAAAUAAGAAAGAAAUGUUACU